AUGGGGCUGCAAAUGGCAGGAUUGCCAGCAGCCAACAAUUAUACCACAACCACAGCUAUAGCCGUAACCAUAGCCAUAGCCAUAGCCAAUAAAAAAAGAAAACUUAAUAACACAAUUUCUGUUACGUCGUCAAGCAUUUCAGCAACAUUGCAAAAAAAAUUAAUAUUGCUGACCUGGAAUCCAGCAACAAUUGGCGUUGAUGCAGUCCAUGCAAAUUUCUCGGAUUUUCCAUAUAUACAAUAUCUAACACAUCCACCGGAGAUCAUCAAGAAACCACAAAACCAGGGUGUACGUGUAGGCGGCGUGGCUAGUUUCUAUUGUGCGGCUCGUGGCGAUCCACCACCAUCGAUUGUUUGGCGUAAGAAUUCUAAGAAAGUGUCUGGCACUCAAUCCCGUUAUACAGUUCUGGAGCAACCCGGCGGUAUAUCCAUAUUGCGUAUAGAACCAGUACGUGCUGGUCGUGAUGAUGCUCCAUAUGAAUGCGUAGCCGAGAAUGGUGUUGGUGAUGCUGUAUCAGCCGAUGCGACUUUAACCGUUUAUGAAGGUGAUAAAACGCCACCCGGUUUUCCUGUAAUAACUCAAGGUCCCAGCACACGUGUCAUCGAAGUCGGCCAUACAGCGGUAAUGCAAUGCAAAGCCAUUGGUAAUCCGACGCCAACAAUCUACUGGAUUAAGAAUCAAACAAAAGUCGAUAUGAGCAAUCCACGUUACUCGAUCAAAGAUGGUGGCCUGCAAAUUGAAAACAGUCGGGAAGAGGAUCAAGGCAAAUACGAAUGUGUCGCUGAGAAUUCCGUUGGUACGGAACAUUCGAAAGCAACAAAUUUAUAUGUGAAAGUACGUCGUGUACCGCCAACAUUUUCACGACCACCCGAGCCCAUUAACGAAGUUAUGCUAGGAGCCAGUUUGAAUUUAUCCUGCAUUGCUGUGGGAUCACCUAUGCCGCAUGUGAAAUGGAUGAAAGGAGCUCAAGAUUUAACACCCGAAAACGAUAUACCUAUUGGACGAAACAUACUUCAUUUACCAAAUAUACAACAAAGCGCAAAUUACACAUGCAUAGCGGCAUCAUCGUUGGGACAAAUCGAAGCGACGGCGAUGGUGAAAGUUCAAUCACUUCCAGCUGCUCCAACGGAUGUGCAAAUUUCGGAAGUAACCGCCACUUCAGUGCGCUUGGAGUGGUCUUAUAAGGGACCCGAAGACUUGCAAUACUAUGUGAUACAGUACAAGCCGAAAAAUGCGAAUCAGGCUUUCAGUGAAAUCAGCGGCAUCAUAACAAUGUUCUACGUUGUAAGAGCUUUAAGCCCAUAUACCGAAUAUGAAUUUUAUGUGAUAGCGGUAAAUACGAUAGGACGUGGACCGCCAUCGAAACCAGAGACUUGUACCACUGGUGAGACAAGCGAUUUCACAUUCGGAGGCGCAAAAAUGGAAAGUGCGCCACGCAAUGUACAAGUCCGACCGCUGAGUUCCUCAACAAUGGUUAUAACAUGGGAACCGCCAGAGACACCAAACGGACAAGUGACCGGCUACAAAGUCUAUUACACGACAAAUCCCAAUCAACCGGAAGCAUCUUGGGACUCACAAAUGGUGGACAACAGUGAAUUGACAACAAUUUCGGAAUUGACAAUGCAUGCCAUUUAUACAGUGCGUGUGCAGGCAUAUACCUCAAUGGGAGCCGGUCCUAUGUCCACGCCAGUGCAAGUGAAGACACAGCAAGGUGUCCCUUCACAGCCUAGUAAUUUCCGGGCCACCGAUAUCGGCGAGACCGCAGUCACAUUGCAAUGGUCGAAACCGACACAUUCCAGUGAGAAUAUCGUACACUACGAAUUAUACUGGAAUGACACAUAUGCAAAUCAGGAUCAUCACAAGCGCAUUUCGAAUACUGAAUCCUAUACGCUUGAUGGUCUCUAUCCUGAUACCCUUUAUUAUAUAUGGUUGGCGGCGCGUUCACAGCGCGGCGAAGGUGCAACAACACCACCCAUACCCGUCCGUACGAAACAAUAUGUACCAGGUGCACCGCCACGCAAUAUCACUGCCAUGGCCACCAGCCCCACAACAAUAUCCGUCUCAUGGUUGCCACCGCCUGUGGAACGUGCCAACGGCCGUAUCAUCUAUUAUAAGGUUUUCUUUGUCGAGGUGGGUCGUGCCGAUAGCGAAGCGACCAUAAUGACUUUGAAUAAGACACACAUCGUCUUGGAUGAAUUGAAGCGUUGGACCGAGUACAAAAUCUGGACGCUGGCCGGCACCUCAGUGGGCGAUGGGCCGCGCUCGCAUCCAAUUAUUGUACGCACGCAUGAAGAUGUGCCUGGAGAUCCUCAAGACGUGAAGGCAACUCCAUUAAAUUCAACUUCAAUUCAUGUGACCUGGAAACCACCACUGGAGAAAGAUCGUAAUGGUAUUAUACGUGGCUAUCAUAUACACGUGCAAGAAAUGCGUGAUGAGGGGAAGGGCUUCCUGAAUGAACCACUUAAGUUUGACGUCGUUGAUGCAUUAGAAUAUAAUGUGACUGGCUUGCAACCCGAUACCAAAUACUCUAUUCAAGUUGCCGCACUAACGCGCAAAGGUGACGGCGAUCGCAGUGCAGCAGUAAUAGUGAAAACACCCGGUGGUGUACCCGUACGUCCCACAGUGAGCUUGAAAAUAAUGGAGCGCGAUCCAAUUGUUUCAAUCGAAUUGGAAUGGGAACGACCCGCGCAAACCUAUGGUGAGCUACGUGGUUAUCGUUUGCGUUGGGGUGUCAAAGAUCAACCGUUGAAAGAGGAAAUACUACCCGGACCACAGAUAACGAAACGGCGUUUCAAUGAUUUGGAACGGGGCGUUGAAUAUGAAUUUCGGGUUGCGGGUAGCAAUCACAUUGGUAUCGGUCAGGAAACAGUGAAAAUCUUCCAAACGCCCGAGGGCACACCUGGCGGACCGCCCGCAAAUAUAACAGUGCGCUUCCAAACACCCGAUGUUGUGUGUGUAACGUGGGAUCCACCAACACGUGAACACCGCAAUGGCAUUAUAACGCGCUACGAUGUGCAAUUUCAUAAGAAAAUCGAUCAUGGUUUAGGUUCGGAACGAAAUAUGACUGUACGUAAGGCUGUAUUUACAAAUCUGGAGGAGAAUACCGAAUACAUCUUCCGCGUGCGUGCGUACACCAAACAAGGUGCGGGUCCGUUUGGCGAAAAAAUCUUCGUUGAAACGGAACGUGAUAUGGGUCGCGCGCCAAUGUCUGUGCAGGCGGUAGCGACAUCCGAGCAAACCGCUGAGAUAUGGUGGGAGCCAGUGCCGUCUCGUGGCAAGCUACUUGGCUAUAAGAUUUUCUAUACAAUGACAGCGGUUGAAGAUUUGGAUGAAUGGCAGACGAAAACUGUUGGACUUACAGAGUCAGCGGAUCUGGUAAAUCUUGAGAAGUUUGCGCAAUACGCUGUGGCAAUAGCAGCGCGCUUUAAGAGCGGUCUUGGGCGUCUGAGCGAGAAGGUUACCGUCAAGAUAAAGCCGGAGGAUGUGCCACUGAAUUUGCGCGCACAUGAUGUAAGCACACACUCAAUGACACUGAGUUGGUCGCCACCCAUACGUCUUAACCCGAUCAAUUACAAAAUCUCCUUCGAUGCGAUGAAAGUUUUCGUAGACUCCCAAGGCUUUACGCAAACUCAAAUUGUGCAAAAGCGUGAUAUUAUACUGAAGCAUUAUGUGAAAUCGCAUACAAUCAAUGAGCUGAGCCCCUUCACCACGUACAAUGUGAAUGUGAGUGCUAUACCAUCCGACUACUCUUACCGCCCGCCUACCAAGAUCACAGUUACAACUCAAAUGGCCGCACCGCAACCGAUGGUGAAACCGGACUUUUACGGUGUGGUGAAUGGUGAAGAAAUACUUGUAAUACUGCCGCAAGCUUCCGAAGAGUAUGGACCCAUUUCACAUUACUACCUGGUUGUGGUACCUGAGGAUAAAUCAAACCUGCAUAAGAAUCCAGAUCAGUUCCUAACUGAAGACCUGCUGCCCGGACGCAAUAAACCGGAGCGUCCCAACUCGCCUUAUAUUGCCGCCAAGUUUCCACAACGUUCCAUACCAUUUACAUUCCAUCUCGGCUCCGGCGACGAUUACCACAACUUCACCAACCGUAAGCUAGAACGUGACAAGCGCUAUCGUAUAUUUGUACGCGCCGUUGUCGAUACACCACAAAAGCAUCUAUACACGUCCAGUCCGUUCUCCGAGUUUCUUUCGUUGGAUAUGCGUGAAGCGCCACCAGGCGAGCGACCACACCGACCCGAUCCCAACUGGCCCUCAGAACCUGAGGUCUCCGUCAAUCGCAACAAGGACGAACAAGGCAUGUGGUGGGUAGCACUGCCAGUUGUAGCCGCACUAAUUUUCACCAUCUUCGUUACCUGGUGCAUUGUGCGUCGCCGUCGUCAACCAUGCAAAACGCCCGAUCAAGCUGCUGUCACGCGUCCACUGAUGGCUGCUGAUCUGGGUGCAGGUCCCACACCGAGCGAUCCCGUCGAUAUGCGUCGCUUAAACUUCCAAACACCCGGCAUGAUUUCGCAUCCGCCCAUACCCAUUUCCGAAUUCGCCAAUCAUAUUGAACGACUUAAAGCGAAUGACAAUCAGAAGUUUUCGCAAGAAUAUGAAAGCAUUGAGCCGGGCCAACAAUUCACAUGGGACAACUCCAAUUACGACUAUAAUAAAUCGAAAAACCGCUACGCCAAUGUUACCGCUUAUGAUCAUUCGCGUGUGCAGUUGCCGCUGAUGGACGGCGUCAUUGGCUCGGAUUACAUUAAUGCGAACUACUGCGAUGGCUAUCGAAAGCACAAUGCUUAUGUGGCAACUCAGGGACCGCUACAGGAAACCUUCAGCGAUUUUUGGAGGAUGUGUUGGGAAUUAAAGACGACGACUAUUGUCAUGAUGACGCGCCUGGAGGAACGUACGCGCAUUAAAUGCGAUCAAUAUUGGCCGGUGCGUGGCACUGAGACCUACGGACAAAUGUUUGUCACCAUUACAGAGACGCAGGAGCUGGCAACCUAUAGCAUACGUACCUUCCAGAUUUGCCGACAAGGCUUCAACGAACGUCGGGAGAUCAAACAAUUGCAAUUUACUGCUUGGCCAGAUCACGGUGUACCCGAACAUCCCGCACCAUUCCUACAAUUCCUACGUCGUUGUCGCGCACUCACACCACCCGAUUCUGGUCCCGUCGUGGUACAUUGUUCAGCUGGUGUUGGACGUACUGGUUGUUAUAUUGUUAUCGACUCAAUGUUGGAACGCAUGAAACAUGAAAAGAUCAUCGACAUAUACGGACAUGUCACUUGCUUGCGCGCCCAACGUAAUUACAUGGUACAGACGGAAGAUCAAUAUAUUUUCAUACACGACGCGAUCUUGGAGGCGAUUAUAUGCGGUCAAACCGAGGUGCCAGCACGCAACCUUCAUACCCACCUACAAAAAUUAUUACUAACCGAACCGGGUGAGAAUAUCACUGGCAUGGAAAUGGAAUUUAAGAAACUUUCCAAUGUCAAGGUGGACUCAUCGAAAUUCGUAACCGCUAAUUUGCCAUGUAAUAAGAAUAAAAACCGUUUGGUACACAUACUACCGUAUGAAUCGAGCCGUGUGUACCUAACACCCAUACAUGGUAUCGAAGGGAGUGAUUAUAUAAAUGCAAGCUUUAUUGAUGGCUAUCGCUAUCGCUCGGCUUAUAUUGCCGCUCAGGGUCCGGUACAGGAUACCGCUGAAGACUUUUGGCGUAUGCUGUGGGAGCACAAUUCAACUAUUGUUGUUAUGCUGACCAAACUCAAGGAAAUGGGAAGAGAAAAAUGCUACCAGUACUGGCCACACGAACGCUCUGUGCGCUAUCAAUAUUAUGUGGUAGAUCCAAUUGCCGAAUACAAUAUGCCACAAUAUAAACUUCGCGAGUUCAAGGUUACCGAUGCACGCGACGGUUCUUCGCGCACAGUUCGCCAAUUUCAAUUUAUCGAUUGGCCGGAACAGGGUGUCCCGAAGUCUGGUGAAGGCUUUAUCGAUUUUAUUGGGCAAGUGCAUAAGACAAAAGAACAAUUCGGUCAAGAUGGGCCAAUUACGGUGCAUUGUAGCGCUGGCGUCGGCCGCACGGGUGUUUUUAUAACACUCAGCAUUGUAUUGGAACGUAUGCAAUAUGAAGGUGUUUUAGAUGUAUUCCAAACUGUGCGCAUACUACGGGCUCAGCGGCCAGCUAUGGUGCAAACGGAGGAUCAAUAUCACUUCUGCUACCGAGCCGCUUUAGAAUAUCUUGGUUCAUUUGACAAUUACACCAAUUAGAUUGUUAUCCUUAGUUGACAUGCAACACACGCCUAAACUUGAAUGCGCCUAGAAGUAUACUUAUUAUUAACCCUAGUAAAUUUCCCAUAAUCAAAACGUUCGAACAAAAAUCAAUUUUAGUUAUAAAUUUGCCAAACCCGUAAAGAAACUAAGAAAAAAAUUUUAAACUAAAUAACAAAUAAAUAAAUAACAAGCAGUAAAUAUAUUAAUUUCCACGCUGCGAAAUCAUUUCUACCGGCCUGCAAGCAAUUUAGUUGUUAUCCAAUGGAUUCAACGACGAGAAACGAAAUUAAUAGAUCAAACAUGAACAACACGUAUCGAUAUUGUAUUCAUUAAAUAUUAAGUUAAGUUUUAAGCACAAAGCAUGUUAAAUGAAAAUUUAAUUUCAUUUCUGUAGAAGUAUAUAUAAAUAUACAUACAUACAUAUGUACGCAUAGAUUUAAGCUAAAAUAAAAUUGUUUAAUUGUAAUUACUGCUAAGCUAAGUGCAAGAUAAUAGUAAAGAAAAGCUAAUUUUAAUACAAAAAAAAUACUGUAUUAGAAAUGUCAGCUAAUUUAAAGAAACAAAAAAACGGUUAAAUAUGGUCGGUCAUUUGCUGAACCAACCACAUAUCAACUUAUGUCUUUUAAGUUAUUUGUGAACUAAAAAGACUGUUAUGCAUUAAAUUGAAUGAUUAAUCAGUAAUAUUUACGAAAUAAUUGAUUCAUACAUUAGCUGUACUGAAUUUCAAAAUAAUAUUCAAAUUAAUUGAAAUUAUAUUGACGAUUGAAUGACGUUGAGCAUACUGAUUAAAAUUUAUUAAACAUAAUUAUCAUUUUUAAUUGAAUUUGUGUGCCGGCAUAAAAAACCGAUAUGUUAAACGUAAUUAAAAAAAAAAAUUAAAUAAUCAAAACUAUAACGUUAAUUAGUAAAUAUUUGGCUGCUAAAAAGGCAUAAAUUUUAGGAGAUGAUUUUUGGUAGUAUUAAUUUUUUUUUUGUUCAUUUUUAUCGUGAAAGUAUGCAUUUUUUAUAGAUACUAA